GAGUCAGCUGACCAGGGGACGGGCUCCACCCUUUUGGGAGCAGGAACCCCGCUGGGACAAGGGCCGCCACUCUCCAGGGGAAGCACAGACUCUCAGCAGCAGCUGGAGAAGGACGUCGCAGCUCCUGGCCUGCAGGGUGUUUCAAGGAGCAGUCAUGUCCACCUUGUACCCAUCUCUGGAGGACCUGAAGGUGGACCAAGCCAUUCAGGCCCAGGCUAGAGACACACCCAAGAUGCCCACCUUGCCCACGCAGGAGACAGCUGCCCCGCAGCCGUCAGUUUUGUACCCCAACCUGGCGGAACUGGAAAAUUAUAUGGGUCUUUCCCUCUCCAGCCAAGAAGUCCAACAGAACCUGCCUCAGAUUCCAGACGCUGUCAGUACGGUGGUCUCUGGCCCCUUGCCCGGUCAGGUGGUGGCACCGGUGUCCGGGAACAACCUGGGUGUGCGGCGUGCGGAGAUCAAGCCCGGGGUGCGGGAGAUCCAUCUAUGCAAGGAUGAGCGUGGCAAGACCGGGCUGCGGCUGCGGGCCAUCGACAAGGGGCUCUUUGUGCAGCUGGUACAGGCCAACACCCCGGCAUCCCUUGUGGGGCUGCGCUUUGGAGACCAGAUCCUGCAGAUUGAUGGGCGAGACUGUGCCGGGUGGAGCGCAGACAAGGCCCACCGCGUGGUGAAGAAGGCAUCAGCCGAGAAGAUCGUCAUGGUCGUUCGGGACAGGCCGUUCCAGCGGACGGUCACCAUGCACAAGGAUGGCACCGGCCACGUGGGCUUCGUCAUCAAGAAGGGGAAGGUGGUCUCUAUAGUCAAAGGCAGUUCUGCGGCCCGCAACGGGCUCCUCACCAACCACUACGUGUGUGAAGUGAAUGGGCAGAAUGUGAUCGGGCUGAAGGACAAAAAGGUCACAGAGAUCCUGGCCAUGGCUGGGAACGUUGUCACCCUGACCAUCAUCCCGACUGUGGUCUACGAGCACAUGGUCAAAAAGUUGUCCCCGACCCUGCUCCACCACGGCAUGGACCACUCCGUUCCAGAUGUCUGAAGUCACGGGAGGGCAGCACGGCCCUCCCACCCUCCGGCAGGGAAGGGAGAGGCCUGCUGCCUGGGGGUGCACACAGGGGUGUGUUCCAGCUGGGGUGACAUCGGAUUGCGUCGCCUGUCAUUCAUGACACAGGCCUCCUCAGAGCCUCAGACUCCCGACAGCACUAAGGCAGGGCAGCGCCCGCGGGCAGCCUGCUCUCCAAGCGGUUGAAAUGCAUGGCACACUGGCAGGCCGGCCAGGCCUCUGGCAGUUGCAGCGUGGUCCCUCCCAAGAUGCUGCCUCUGCAAGAAAGACAGUCCCACGUGCUGAGAACAGAAACACGUUCUUUGUACGAGGUUUUUCUUUUUCCUCCACUCGAUCUUGGUCACACACUGUACAUAGUUAUAACUCCUGUCUUUUGAAUAAAGCUUUGGUUUUAAAUAAAA